AUACAAAAUGGUGAAUUAUGUUAAAAGUUAAGUUUUUCUUGUAGAACGCAGCUGCUAAUGGUUGCAGGAACACAAAAAACCGUCUUCAUAUAUAACCAUCCCCUCUAAUUAGGAAAAAAAUAGUUAUAAUUUAAAACCUAGAGUGUCUUGCUGUGUUUAGUGCUGAAGAGAAACAAGGAGCAGCACAACGAUGCAGGCUCACAGAUGAUGACGAUGCUAGAGGCUCAACGAAACGAGCUCACUGCAGCGGAGAACCCGCCAGAUGUUGAUACGGAAGACGUGGCAGUGAUGGCAUCAUCGUCGUAUGGGUGGCGGAGGAUGGCCGCUGUCCUGCUAUUCCUUGUCUCUAUCCUGCAGCACUGGGAGAGAUCCUACGGCCAGAGACCAGCGGACCUACCGCCACACUUAGCCCCCCUUCUGCUGCUGCCUCAGGGGCGUGCCAUCGAUACUAAUACUUAUUAUGACGCGAACUCGAUCUCAAAAAAGGCAUGUCAUUCUCGCGGCAAAACCGGCAAAUGUAUGUUUGUGUGGGAGUGCAUUAAAAAAGAUGGAGAACAUCUCGGCAUGUGCAUGGAAGGUUUCAUGUUCGGUUCCUGUUGUGCCAAGAAAGAGAAAAACCCCGAUCUGCAAUCAGAAGCCGGCGAGGAAGAUUCAUCUUUUGCUGGUUCUACUGACCUGAAGCAACUGUCAAAAAAUCUGACAACCACUGAACAAACUCUGAGCUCUACGCCAUCUAUUUUAUUAACACCAGAACUUGCAGCAAGUUCAACUGUAGUUAAUAUAUAUGGACCCAACUCUCCGCCUAGCACAUCUUUUCAUUCAGUUGUAAGUGAAGUGCCAUCAUCAUUUGUGAUAUCAAUUACUCAACGGCCGAAUACGAUCGCUGAUUCUACCGAAAAAAUUGUCGAUGGAGUUUUUGCAUCGGAAAUGUCAAACAGAAAUCCUAUCAGAUUUCCAACUGAACACUUGCAUUCUGGGUCAAACGCGCACGAUUUUCCGACUGCGAGCAGCACUACGGAAAGAGGAGAGAAAUCCACCGUACCUCACUGGAGUAGACCCCAAGAUUCCAGUAUAAAACCUCCGGUACCUCCCGCUAGACCAACCAGACCUCCAAAGCCAGUCAAACCAAUUAAAGACCAAUGGUGGUAUUAUCCAGUGAAACCUACCAAGCGACCUCAAACUGAUGCUUUCGGUUUGAGUGGCAUCAAUAAUCGACCCUUAUCCAUCACAGCCGACAAAAGAACAACAUAUUCUCCAGCAACCACUGCUUCAACCACCACAGAAUUAUCUACCACAACUCGAGAACAUAUCACAACUACAGCCCCAACCACAACCACUGAACCAACAACUAUAAUUUUCCCUUCUACCACAAGUACAACAACUUCGACAACUACUACUUCUACCACCACUUCUACCACCACUGAGGUACCUACAACAUUCGAACCAGUCACAGAUAUUCCUGGGGUAUCAUCUACUGGACCUCUGGCUUCUGGCAGCCACUCUGAUGGAGACUGUGGCAUAGCUACGAUGGGACCGAUGCCCGAGGGGCGAAUUGUGAACGGCAGCACAUCAGCGUUCGGCAAGUGGCCGUGGCAAGUGUCGGUUCGGCGCAUCAGUUUCUUCGGGUUCAGUUCCACUCACCGAUGUGGCGGGGCUCUCAUCAACAGCAGAUGGGUGGCCACGGCGGGGCACUGUGUUGACGAUUUAUUAGUGGCUCAAAUCAGAGUCCGCGUUGGCGAAUACGACUUCAGUUCGGUCUUGGAACCUCAUCCUUACGUAGAGCGAUCCGUGAUACGGAAAGUGGUGCAUCCGAAGUACGACUUCUUCACUUACGAGCACGACUUAGCUUUGGUCAAAGUCGAGGAGAAGAUCAACUUCGGCAUGCAUGUCAGUCCCAUUUGUCUGCCUGGCAACGAUGAUCUUCUUAUCGGCGAGAUGGCAACCGUGACGGGCUGGGGCAGGCUGUCUGAACACGGCACUUUACCGUCGGUGCUGCAAGAGGCGUCCGUCCCGAUCAUGAGCAACGAGAAGUGCCGGCAGUUGUUCAUGCGAGGCGGCCGCAAGGAGAGCAUUCCUGACAUCUUCCUGUGCGCGGGCUACGAUGACGGCGGCAGAGACUCUUGUCAGGGAGACUCGGGUGGUCCCCUGCAAGUGAAGGGGCGGGACGGACGAUAUUUCCUGGCCGGCAUCAUCUCUUGGGGCAUCGGCUGCGCGGAGGCAAACCUGCCUGGAGUCUGCACCAGGAUAUCAAAAUUUGUGCCUUUCAUUCUCAAGACGGUUACCUGAUUUGAAUUUUCUUAAUUUUU